GCUCUGCUCGCCGCUGUCCCGGUCCCUCAUGCCGUUCCCAGCGGAGCUCACCCCGACGGUGCUCGUGGGCUCUGACCGACAGCGGGGGAUUGAAAGAACCGGGGAAAGGGCUGGGAACCCCCAGUACCGCUGUAAAGCUUCUCCCGUGCCCGAGCCGUAGGGGCCGCCGUUCACCUGGAUAUGUACCUGCUUGACCCUGCGCCCCCCUCCAUGGAGCGGGGUACCCCUCAGAGGAAGACCGUCUACCGGAUCUCGCUGACCCUGGUGAAGAAGGAGCUGGUGGCGGACACUAGGCUGGAGAAGUGUCCGGAGGAGGAGGGAGAGGAGCAGGACACUUUCCCCCCUCACCCGGGGCUCAGGAAUUUCAGGACCCGAAGCACCGGACAGCUGGAGCUGGGCAGACUCCGGGUGAGUCGGGCUUUGCCGCGGGGCCCCAGAGCCAGGAGCGGGGAACCAGUGGGAGGCAAAGUAAUAAGUCCCGGGGAGCAUUCCCUCCUCAGCUGCGGUGGAGACCGGGUCCCUCCUGUCCCGGAGACGCCUGCCAUCUGUCCUGAAGAUGGGGGUGCCCCGGGGGUCCGUCCCAAAAGCCCCCCACAUGUUUCUGAGGAGACCUCUUUACAGACACCGCCAACUACGGAUUACAAUGUCCCUGGGCCCCCUGAUACGGGUAGUAACCAGGGGCCUGCCCUGCCAGGCAAAGGGGACUGGGUCAAACCUGGGGCUGAAGGGUCCUGGGAUAAGAGGCACCCAAGCCUUCUAAGGAGAAGCUUCAGCUUCAGACACUGGAAUGGGGAACUCCUGAAAAUAAGGAGUCUAACAAAAGAGAAACACCACAGCAGCUCCAGCUGUCUAAGCCAACCCGGGGUAGAACCUGAGGACCCCAUCUGUGUGUCCGCAGCUGACCCCGGUAGCAAUGAGAAGAGGAACACCCUGGAUGUAGGUGAGGUGCUGAACAAGACCGACCCUCUCACUGACAUAGAAAGGUGGGAAAGAAGCAAGAGCAAGAACCGAACCCUGGAUAACAGUGACCUCCACAAGCUGUCUGAGCAGCUGGAAAUGGACAGGAAGGGUCAGGAGAAGAGACUGCUGAGGUUCUUCAGCGGAAUCUUCUCUAGGAAAGAUGGAGUUUCGGCCCAAUUUACCAGCCCCGGAGGACGAUCACCUAGGACCGGUCACUCUAGGUCCAGGGGCUACUUCAGCAGCUUGAAAAGACCGGCCGGCGACAUCCAGUCAAGCUCAGAGAGCGUCAAUGGAUCGCCCUACAAAGAUGCCUUUGUAAAUAGUCAAGAAUGGACACUAAGCCGUGCUGUGCCGGAGCUCAAAGUGGGCAUCGUGGGCAACCUGGCCAGUGGGAAGUCGGCGCUGGUGCAUCGGUACCUCACUGGUACCUACGUGCAGGAGGAGUCCCCGGAAGAUAUGGAUGCAGGUGGUAGGUUCAAGAAAGAAAUUGUGGUUGAUGGACAAAGCUACCUUCUGCUGAUCAGGGAUGAGGGAGGACCUCCAGAAGCACAGUUUGCCAUGUGGGUGGAUGCUGUAAUCUUUGUGUUCAGCUUGGAAGAUGAGAUCAGCUUCCAGACUGUUUACCACUACUACAGCCGCCUCGCCAACUACCGCAACACCAACGAAAUUCCAAUGGUGCUGGUGGGCACUCAGGACGCCAUCAGUUGCAGUAAUCCUCGGGUUAUAGAUGACGGGCGCGCACGGAAGCUUUCCAAUGACCUGAAGAGGUGCACUUACUAUGAGACAUGCGCCACCUAUGGGCUAAAUGUGGAACGAGUCUUCCAGGAUGUGGCCCAGAAAAUUGUAGCAACCCGUAAGAAGCAGCAGCUCUCCAUUGGUCCUUGCAAGUCUCUGCCAAACUCUCCCAGCCACACGUCUGUGUGCUCGACACAGGUGUCUGCUGUGCACAUUAGCCAGACCAGUAAUGGUGGAGGGAGCCUAAGUGACUAUUCUUCAUCUGUCCCUUCCACCCCGAGCACUAGCCAGAAGGAGCUGAGGAUUGAUGUACCCCCAACUGCCAGCACCCCCACUCCUGUCCGCAAGCAAUCCAAGCGGAGAUCCAACCUCUUCACGUCUCGAAAAGGGAGCGACCCAGACAAAGAUAAGAAAGGUCUAGAGAGCAGAGCCGACAGCAUCGGCAGCGGGCGAGCAAUACCAAUUAAACAGGGCAUGCUGAUGAAAAGAAGUGGAAAGUCGCUGAACAAGGAGUGGAAGAAGAAAUAUGUCACAUUGAGUGAUAAUGGAGUUUUGACCUAUCACCCCAGUUUACAUGAUUAUAUGCAGAAUGUCCAUGGUAAAGAGAUUGAUCUCCUCAGGACCACAGUCAAAGUUCCAGGGAAACGGCCUCCACGAGCAACAUCAUCUUGCGCGCCAAUUGCCAGCCCGAAAACCAACGGCCUCACAAAGGAGGUUAGCGGGCUGCAGAUCUCCUCUAACACAGGGAAUGUGACCAGCAGCACAUCCGUCACCCAGAUGGCUAGUGGCCCGAGUGGAAUUAGUCUUGGAUCAUUCAGCAGGAUGGACGGGAUGCACCAAAGGUCGUAUUCUGUGUCCAGUGCCGAUCAGUGGAGUGAGGGCGCUGUCAUCGCCAACUCAGCUAUCAGCAGCGACACGGGCCUGGGUGACUCCGUGUGCUCCAGUCCAAGCAUCUGCAGCACCGCGAGCCCGAAGAUAGACCCGCCGCCCUCUCCCCACGCCAACCGCAAAAAGCACCGCCGAAAGAAAAGCACCAGCAACUUCAAAGCCGACGGCCUGUCCAGCACGGCCGAAGCUAAACGCAAAGCAUGGAAACUAAACCGUGUUGGCAGCCUGCGAAAUGUUUACAGCGGCAACGCUAACACUGAAGAACAAGAGGAGAACUUUGAGUUUAUUAUUGUUUCUCUUACUGGUCAAAGUUGGCACUUUGAAGCCAUCAGUUACGAAGAGAGGGAUGCCUGGGUGCAGGCCAUAGAGAGUCAGAUUCUGGCCAGUCUCCAGUCCUGCGAGAGCAGCAAGAAUAAGUCCCGUCUCACCAGCCACAACGAGGCUUUAGCCCUCCAGUCCAUCCGCAACUUGCCAGGAAACUCCCACUGUGUGGACUGUGACGCACAAAAUCCAGACUGGGCCAGCCUCAACCUGGGCACCCUAAUGUGCAUAGAGUGCUCUGGGAUCCACCGCAACCUCGGUACUCAUCUCUCCCGCGUCCGCUCUCUGGACCUCGAUGACUGGCCACCCGAGCUCAUCAAAGUCAUGUCAGCCAUUGGAAACGAGCUGGCUAACAGCAUAUGGGAAGGGAGCAGUCAAGGCCACGUGAAGCCGUGUUCAGAAAGCCCCAGAGAAGAGAAGGAACGAUGGAUACGGGCAAAGUAUGAGCAGAAACUUUUCUUGGCCCCUCUGCCCUGCCGGGAUCUACCCUUGGGGCAGCAGCUGUUGAAGGCCACAGCAGAAGAGGAUCUGAGGACUGUAAUCCUUCUCCUUGCACAUGGCUCCAGGGAAGAGGUGAACGAAACGUGCGGGGAGGGAGACAGACGGACGGCCCUGCACCUAGCCUGUCGCAAAGGCACCGUGGUACUGGUGCAACUGCUCAUAUGGUACGGCGUGGACGUGAUGGCGAGAGACUUCCACGGGAACACGGCAUUAGCAUACGCCAAGCAGGCUGUAACCCCAGAAGUGCGAGAACUCCUACUUCAAUAUGGCUGCCCCGAUGAACAGUUUGUGCUCAUGGCCACCCCAAACCUCUCCCGGAAAAACAAUCGCAACAACAACAGCAACGCAGGAGGAGGAGGCCUGAUGCCCACCUUGAUCUGACACGAUGACACUGGGUGCAGACAGGCUUCAGCACCUCUUGCCCGCUGAUGCAGGGGGAGGAGCCAGAAAUGACAUGGGAGGAGUUAGAGCACCAAGUGCAAAGGGCAAAGAAGGUUUGGGGGGAGAAUAAAAUAUUAUCCGGCCUCCUCUAGCAUUUCAGAGAGAGAGAGGGAGGAAAGCACACGAGUGGAAGGAGGAGAGACAGAGAGCUGUCAGUUACGUGCACAUUUCACCUCUACCCCAGCAGAGCACUUAGGCUCUGCUCUCAUCUGACAAGGACUGCUCCACAUAAAUCACACGCAGGCACUGAGUUUGUCAGGUUUGAGGCUCCAAUGAUGCUAUGUGUCAAAUCACUUGGAGCUAAUCUGUCCUCAGAGAAUGCUGGCUUCAUUACACUUGUAUAGUUGAGUUCCCUCAGCCUGUACCGCUGUUUAAUAGGACAUGAUUACUCAUCAUGUAGAAGGGAGCAUAUUAGCUGAGGAGGAAGCUCUCUCCACGCUUCGCUGAUUACAGGGAUGUGAUUGCAAUAUUCUUACAAGAAUCAUAUUAGCAGAGACAUUCUGGGCCCCAUAUUCAGACUCCUUGUCAUUAUCUCGUAACUCAAAAGCGCCAGUAAGUUUAAAUGCAACCCCCCAAAAAAUGGGGGAAACACGUGUUAAAUAUUAUUAAAUGUGUAUUUUAGGGCAUACAUUUAAAACCACUCUUUAUGUAUCUCCUAUCAGGUCUCAUUCUGCAUUGUGAAAUAAUAAUUUAGAUGUUUUACCCUUUUUUAUGGCCAUUAUAAUUGCUCACCUAAAAAUGUGUCACCUUGUCUCUUCCCAUGGAGGAUCUCUUUAAAAGGGUAGCUAUUUGGGGUCAGAUUGUUUCAUCUGGAUAAAAAGUCUAACAAUAAUUUUAAAUGGUAAUGUUAUUUGGUCUCAAAUUUAAUUUUAAACAGAGAAA